GGAGAGACUACAUCUCCCUGCAUGCAAUGCGGUUUUGUAUAAACUACAAAUCCCAGCAUGCCACAUCGGUAUCUUUUACUCUACAGUGUAGGUAUUUACGAGGCCGGGUAUUGUUACCAAGAAAUGGUUUCUUGAAGUCGCGAUGUGUGAUUGUGGCUGGAAGAUAGAGAGGUGUUUUAUGUGUAGGGCUCUAAGCGGCAAGAGAUGGCUGUGGUAGAAAGAAGCCGUUGGAUCCGCAAAGGACGUGGGAAGAAGAAAAUCUGAGGCCCCACCGGCAAAGAGAAGCCGUCGGUUGCCUGUUUGACAGCCUGUCAAACCCGAAUGUGCGCUUUUCUGUUUUCUUCCGGGCUGGGUUGAACCUCUUCAGCUUCCGUAGGCAGUGGGUCGGAAGUGCAGGUCAAAAUGGAAGUGAAUCCCCCCAAGCAGGAGCACCUGCUGGCUCUGAAAGGUUUGAGAGCCUCCCACCAGAAUGGAAUAGAUACCUGGUAAAUCACUCACUCUGUUAUAUGCUGCUGCGAUGACCAGGCAGAUUUUAGCUGCAGAAGCUGACGUCCCCACCCGAACCGGGGAGAGCUCUGUGAACCAAGAUGAUUUACGGCGGACAUCUAAAGUGGUUUUCCUUUCUGUCUCUUGUCUCUUCAUGUGGCACUGAGGAAAUGACCAGGCUUCAGCUUCAUCUGUAAAAUUGGCCUAGUAUCGCGGCGUCAGCAGUGCCAAGGAUUUAGGAAUACGUAGUACUACAACAUAUAAUUUAGUGAUGCGGUUGACUAAGCCUACUUUAUUCACCAAUAUUCCAGUAACAUGUGAAGAGAAAGACUUACCUGGAGAUCUCUUUAACCAACUCAUGAGAGAUGAUCCUUCAACUGUAAAUGGUGCAGAAAUAUUGAUGUUGGGAGAAAUGUUGACUUUACCACAGAAUUUCGGGAAUAUAUUUUUGGGAGAGACCUUUUCCAGUUAUAUCAGCGUUCAUAAUGAUAGCAAUCAAGUUGUAAAAGACAUAUUGGUAAAAGCUGAUCUUCAGACAAGUUCUCAACGUUUAAAUCUUUCAGCCUCCAAUGCUGCAGUGGCUGAACUUAAACCUGAUUGUUGUAUUGAUGAUGUCAUACACCAUGAAGUAAAGGAAAUUGGAACACACAUCUUGGUGUGUGCAGUGAGUUAUACAACUCAGGGUGGAGAAAAAAUGUAUUUUAGAAAAUUCUUCAAAUUUCAGGUUCUCAAACCACUGGAUGUGAAAACCAAAUUUUACAAUGCAGAGAGUGACCUCAAUUCUGUGACUGAUGAAGUGUUUCUGGAAGCCCAGAUUCAGAAUAUUACAACCUCACCCAUGUUUAUGGAGAAAGUUUCAUUGGAGCCAUCUAUAAUGUAUAAUGUAGCAGAAUUAAAUUCAGUCAACCAAGCUGGAGAAUGUGUAACUACGUUUGGGUCAAGAGCAUAUUUGCAGCCAAUGGAUACACGCCAGUACUUGUACUGCCUAAAGCCCAAGAAGGAGUUUGCAGAAAAAGCAGGCAUCAUUAAGGGAGUAACAGUAAUUGGAAAAUUGGAUAUAGUGUGGAAAACAAAUCUAGGUGAAAGGGGAAGAUUACAGACCAGCCAACUUCAAAGAAUGGCUCCAGGCUAUGGAGAUGUUAGGUUGUCUUUGGAGGCAAUCCCAGAUACCGUAAACCUAGAAGAACCUUUUCAUAUUACCUGUAAAAUAACAAACUGCAGCAGUGAAAGGACUAUGGAUCUGGUUUUGGAAAUGUGCAAUACCAGUUCCAUCCACUGGUGUGGUAUUUCCGGAAGACAGCUCGGAAAGCUGCAUCCCAGUUCCUCUCUCUGCCUUGCCCUUACUCUGCUGUCUUCAGUCCAGGGACUGCAGAGCGUCUCCGGCUUAAGACUUACAGACACAUUCUUAAAGAGAACAUAUGAAUAUGAUGACAUCGCACAAGUCUGUGUGGUAUCUUCAGCCGUUAAAGUGGAAAGCUGAAGAAAAUUUCCGAUAUUAUGCUUUUCGUUGAGUUUCACAGAACUUUCUGUAUUUUUGUCGCCUUUGUAAAAUGAUCAACAGCAAAGAUAAGUUUCUAUUAUUUAAAUUUCUUUCCUGGAAAACAGUUUAAAUAUUUCUUUUGAAAAGAACCAUCUAUUGAUAUUAUCUUCAGUUUUAUGCUAAAUGGACAUUUGUACAUUUUCUACACAUUAUCCUAUUUUGUUUCAUUUUAGAUGAGCAUUGGACUUCAUUCUCCAAAAGCUCUAUAUUUGAGGCCAUUUGUUCCUAGCAAAUAUCUAGAACAGAGGUCAGCAAACUUUUUAUGUGAAGGGCCAGAUACUGAAUAUUUUAGGCUUUGCAGCCCCUAUGGUUUCUAUUGAAAUGACUCAACUCUGCUGUUGUAGUGUGAGAGCAGCCAGCAGGCUCAAAGAGCACAGCGGUAUGUACAAAGACAGGCAGCUGGCCAGAGUGGGCUUGCAGGCCGUAGUUUGCUGCCCUCAAUCUAGAAGAUACAGCUGUUUCUUAGAAUUCUUCUAAUUAUUUAGAAAUAUUUCAGUUAACCCCACUUUUUUUCCUAGCACCUCAGUCAACAGAAAAAGUUUGUUUAAAACAUCUGGGGUAUUCUUCGUGUAGCCUUGUAUUUGCUAACACAGUAUGAGUUUUUCUAGUUGUUUUCAAAAUUAUUGUAUUGGUAUAUAUCUGUGUUUGUUUAUAGACACAAACACACACGUCUAAGUUUUCAGUUACUAACAGCAGAUUAGAAUUGGUUUUAUUUCUUAGAUUGUUAAUUAUUUUGUUAACUCUUAAUUAAGAAGGCUGAUAAUUUUCUAAUUCUAAGCCAAAAAGUCUGGGCUAUUUUCCCAUUGAAAAAUAAUCCAAUUAUUUUCAUAAGUAUUUAAAGGAUUUUCAGCUUCUGAUAUUUGAUUUUGGACUCUCAAUCAUGUAUUAAAAUUAUAAAACUUUCUAUAUCUGCAUGUAGUCACACUAAUUUACUUAUGCCAUGAACAAAACAGUGAGAAAGUUAAGAUUGUUAACAACUUUGCAAUAUGAAUAUAAUAAAAGUUUCAAUAUUUUGUCAGGAAAAUAAAAGCUUAUGCUGUUAAAUAAAAAGUUAUUUUGGUAAGUUGAAAUUCAAGGAUGUAUAUAUAAUUGCUUAAAUGUAAGAGUGCAUUAAGUCAAAUACAAAAACUGGUUUUUCUUAAAUGCAUAAUUAUUUAUUGCCAUGACAAAUUGUUUGGUCCAAAAUGAAAGCUGUAUUUAGAAUGAGAUCUCCCCCUUAAAGUGGAGUAGUAAUUAAUGAAAUGUCUGUGCAAAAUAAAGUGCAAGCAGUGUAAAA